CCGCGCCUGGUUUUAGUUUCGAUUGUAUGUUGAAAUACACCAGAAUGAAGCUGGAGCUCUUGAACGACUAUGACAUGCUACUGAUGGUGGAACAGGGCAUUCGUGGUGGGUUAGUGCAGGCUGUCAAGCACUAUGCAAAGGCCAACAAUCCUAAGACACCCGAUUACGAUCCGUCAAAACCAGACUCAUGGAUCGUGUAUCAAGACUGCAAUAACCUUUACGGGUGGGCUAUGAGUCAGCCCAUGCCGUACGGUGGCUUCCGGUGGUAUAAAGGAACAGACCCUCUGGCUGACCUCCAAUCGUUGUCGGACACUGGUAAUACGGGGCGUAUAUAUGAAGUGGACGUAUCGUAUCCACAAGAGCUGCAUGACGAGCACAACGACUUGCCGUUCUUGCCUGUCAACGAUGUACCGCCGGGUUCCAAAGAGACCAAACUCAUGGCCACUUUGAAACCCAAACAGCGGUACGUCGUACAUUACGUUAAUCUUAAACAGGCGAUCGCACACGGACUGCAAGUCGAUAAAGUGCACCGCGUUUUAGAGUUUCAACAAAGUGCUUGGUUGAAACCAUACAUUGAGUUGAACACUGAAAUGCGGAAAAAGGCGGCAAAUGCUUUUGAAAUUGCAUUUUUCAAACUAAUGAAUAAUGCCGUCUUUGGGAAAACAAUGGAGAACAUGCGGAAACGCAUCCGUAUUGAGCUAAUCUCCAGUCCCGAACGUCUAAGCAAGCUCGUAAACCAACCAACCUUCAACGACUGUAUCAAAUACGGUGAAAGGUUGUGCGCCGUCAUAAUGGACACAAAGAUGGUCAAGUUUAUCAAACCAAUAUACGUCGGUUUAGCAGUGCUUGACAUUAGCAAGACGCUAAUGUACAAGUACUUCUACGACGUAUUGAAACCACAUUAUGGCAACGCAAUCGAAUUGGUUUACAUGGAUACUGACUCCUUCAUAUACCUGCUCAGAGUCGGCGACUUCUACCAGGAUUUAGCUGAUAGCCCCGAUUUACUGGUGCACGUGGACGCAUCUAGCCUGCCCAAGGAUCACCCUUGCUUCUCCACCGAUAGAAAGAAGAUGCCCGGUCUGUUUUCAGACGAGACCGGUGGCCUCACUCUCUUUGAGAUCGCUGCACUUCGGUCAAAGUGCUACGCAUAUGACAUGGAAGGCAGCGAACUCAUCAAGUCUAAGGGGAUCCGCGGGCAUGUCGUCCGGAACCAUCUGUCUUUGGACGACUACAAACAGUGUUUGUUCGAAGACGAUGGCGAUGGCGAUGAUGUGUCAAAACGAGCAUUGGCUGGAGAGAAUGCCCGUGUGGUCAUCGGAGCUGUACGCGAUGGUGAGACUCUACCGACAUUAUCGCUGCCAUACACUCCGUACCGACAGAACGUGUCAAUCCGUUCGUUCGAGCACGAAGUACGCACUUUACGUACAACCAAGUUGGCGCUUAACCGUUUCGACGAUAAGCGCUAUACGCUCGAAAACAGAAUCGACACGUUGGCUCACGGGCAUUAUGCUAUACCACCACCACCACCACCACCACAGGGAGGUUAAUACAAAUAUAGUAGUAUUUAAGUGAUUCUCGUUGGAAAAAAAAAUAUUGUUAAAAUUAAAUAUUGAAAUCAUAAUUUGUAAAAAAUAUGUGUACUAGUAUAAAUAGUUUUAAGAUUUUUUUUUUUUGUUAAAUAAUUGUAAAUAAAUGUUAGUAAUACACA